AUGGGCCUGGGCCUCGCGCCCUGGGGUGUCCCUCCGCCGGAGGCCGGUGGCGCUGCUGCCCCUCCUCCUCCCGGCGCUGCCGCUGGGCUUCAUCUGUGGGCGCGCCACUACGGCCUGCCCCAAUUCCCUCCGCCGCCGCCGCCAUCCGCCGCCGCCGGUCCUCCCGCCCUCGCCCCUCUACCCACCGGCCAGUCCCAGCAGCAGCGGCAGCAGGGCGAGCAGGGUCGGCGGCCUCUGCCGCACCACCACGCGUUCCCGCCUAUGCCCCCGUCAAGCGGCAGGGGCCUGCACAGCCCGCUGGCGACCCCCAAUUUUCCGCUGCCCAUGUCCACGACCACCACCACGACGUCGACGUCGACGUCGGGCUCGCCAUCGGGUCCGUCGCCCGCCUUCCCGCCCUCGCCCGGCGGCACCGCCACCAGCGGCGGCGUCUCCUUCCCCGGACUCUACGGCGACUCGGCGGCCGGAUCGGGCGACGGCCCGGCAGGCAUGACGACGACGACGAUGCUGAACAUGCCCGUGCGCCUGCCCCUGCCCCACAACAUAGAACCCUCCGCCUUCUUUCCUUCCUUCUCGCCCACCGCCGCCGCCUCCUCUUCCUCCUCGGCACCGGCUUCGUUCUUUUUGACGUCUUCCUCCUCGCCGUCUUCCUCUCACAUGCGGCCUACGUCGUCAUCGCCCUCGUCGUCGUUUGCGGCGUCGGCGGGGCCGCUCCGCGCCGCACCCGAGGACGACCGUCGCGGUACCCACAGCUGGAAUGAAGAGGACCACCGCCGCCGCCACCGCCAACAACAGCAGCAGCAGCAGCAGCGGUGGCCACCAGAGAGUGAGACGAGCCCAGCGGCGGCGGCGGCGGCAUCAUCGUCGGGCGGGCUCGGGGUGCAGGGCAAGCACGAGGAGCCAACGCGCGCCUCCGCGCGGCAGGCGAACGGCGAUUGGGGACCGGUGGGAGCCCGUCGUGGCCCCAUGAAGCUCGAACAAGUAGCGAAUGAAGAGAUCUCCGACGACACAGCGGAGGCCAAAGGAGGACGACGAGCUGCUGCUGCUGCUGCAGCAGCAGCGGCGGCGGCAUCGGACGAUGACGACUACGAGGGCGGCCAUGGGCGCGGAGAAGAGCAGGAGCAGGAGCAGGAAGAGGAGAACGGGCGCCAGGAGGACGAUCGGCGGCGUGGCGGGGGCGGCGGGGAGGCGUUGGGCCGGCGCGGGGGAGACGCGGAGGAGCUGCUGCGGAGCAUCAUGGGCGAGCUGCGGGCCAUCAAGCGGUCCAACACAGAGCUCAAGGACGACCAGCGGCUCAUGCAGGCCGAACUCGAACGCCUGCGCCACGAAAACGCCCUCCUGCGCCAGACCUCCUCCUCCUCCCACCGCCGCCACCACCUCUCUCCACCCCCUUCCUCCUCCUCCUCCUCUCCGCCCACGCCCACCACCCCCGCCGCCGCCACGUCGGGCUGGGUGCACAAGCCGAUGAGCGGGAGCGCCGCAGAUCCGGCGGAUCCCGCCGCGCCGUCGCGUCUCUCGCCCUCGUCGUCGGCCGGCGGGGGUCUCGACUCGGCGUCGCUGCCGUUCGUGAUCAAGGACGCCCUCAAGCCCUUCGCCAUCCUCAAGAAGGUGGGCAACGACGGCUUCUUCAUCCUCGCCAACCACGCCUUCUGCGCCCUCUACCGAUACACCCUCGCGGAGCUGGUGGGCCAGAGCUGGCGGAUCCUGAUCCCGGCCAAGGAGCAGAUCGCCAUCUGGACCAACUUCUCGCCGCUCCUCCACGACACCGACAAUCCCGCCCGAGUGUCCGACGUCCUCAGCAUGCAAGCGCACCACCGCACGAAGGAGGGCGUCGAGUUCGAGACGGUCACGCACCACCAGAUGUUCUACGACGAAUGCGGCCGGCCCUACUGGGACGUGAUCUACAUCGACAGCUACCGCUUCCCCUCCCGGUUUGGCAGUCCCUCGCGCAAGGCCGAGAAGGACCGUCAUCAGGCCCCGCGUGCCCGAGACGCAAGCAGCGCGGCGGCAUCGUCGUCAAUGGGAGGGGAGGAGGAGGAGGAGCCGUAA